AUGAAUGCGAGUGAAUCGUACGAUUGCCAGUUUCCGUGCACAAGUACAGCAACAUUCUUCCCACCAAUUUCUUCCAUUACGCAAAGCUUUUCUUCCGGGAAAUCAGAUAUCGACUUGCUUCAGAUGGAUAUGAGCGGCAGAAUAGUUUAUCGCUAUCAAAACAACUAUAACAGUAUGAGCGAAUGUUCAGCUACGCCGGAUAGUGGAAUACAGAGCAGCGCCGAUUCGCCUCCUGCCGAUCCGUUCACUCCACCGAUGCCCUCGCCCACACCAUAUAUUCCACCUCCUCCGGCUGUGAGACCGGUGACUGGCAAUGGACAACCCGCGGUAGCUUCAAGCUCUGCCGACGACUUUUCUGAUAUGCCCCGUUUGGUACCGUUUCAUCAAAUGGAAGAAGCAAGUUCACCGGUAGCUGAAGAAGAAGAGCCUCCACCAUUUAUGAUGAAAGCAACCUCAGAGCCGUCAGUGACUGCGCAGGCGGAAGUCGCUGCAUCAGCAGCACUUACAGCUGAGGCUGAACCGCAGCAGCAGCAACAGAAUUACCGCGAAGCAGCAGAAGCAGCAGCAGUUAAUCAGCAAAAGCCAAAAAGAGGGGAGGGUGAUGAUAACGUGCCCAAGAUAGCUAUAACUCCGGCAAUGAAUGUGUCCGAAUUGGUGGAACAACUAAUGUCUCAUAUGGAUGCGGAACAGCGCAAGCAGUUCGCCAGUGCCAUACAAUCAAAAGUUGCCGUUGAAGAUGCUGCUUCGGGGAAUUCUUGCGAUACUGUUGCAGCUGAAGACACUGCUAGCACCAUUACGAGUGCGGCCACUGCCACAGAUACUAUUAAUUCCAUGGCUGCGUCUUCAGUCGCUGACGAUGAUACGGCUGUUGUUGAAACUCUGAACAGCUACUCAGAAUACGAUGAGGAAGCAGCAGUGGAAGCGUUUUUAAAGGAGCUGGAAAGCAGUGAUGUUGUGGAAGCAUCAGAGCGGUGCAAUGAGGAAUCUGAGGAAAACAAAGGGGUGGAGUUGAAGGAGCAAAUUGUGGAGAAGAAAAAACGAAGGAAACGUAAAAUGCGAGAUCGAAGCGAAUCGGAAGAAGCUGCCCGGAAAUCCAAGAAACGUUUCGUUGAACAGAGUUCGAUUGAUGUUACCACGCAAUGUUUAGCAGGAGAAGACGAUAAUGUUUCAAAUUUGAUGUCUCCGCUUUCGUCAUCCAGCAUUGGUUUAUCAGCUGAUAAGCGAGUCGUGGAAAAGCACUGUGAGGAGCAAGUAGAAUCCAAAGAGCAAACAGUUUUUAUGGCUAAAAAUAAUUCCCCCGCAGAAAGAAUGUUGCAUGGAAAUGAAGAAAUCACUGACGAGAUGAAGGAUGAACAACAAAUUGAUUUGAAAAAAGCGGCGGUUAAAGAACCAGCAAAACCGGAGCCGCACUGUUUGGAAUAUGUGCGUCAGAGGCAUCAGGAAGUAAGACGCAAAAUAGACGAACAGUUUACGAUCAUCAUCGAUCGAAUCGUGAAGCAGUUUGCUGGCCUUCGGCUUAUGACUGGUACUCGGAUGUCUCGGGGAUUGCCGUGGUAUCGAUUGGAUUGGAAAGAAAUUACACAAAGGCUCAAUAAGCAGGAUGAUUUUGAAAAGUCCACCAAAAAGAAGCCGGUGCCGAGCAAGCGACGUAUUGGCGGGGCUCGUAGGUGGCGUAAAAGUGGCACAUCCAGGAAGAGCGAGUUCUUUGUUGCAAGUGCCACACCGUCAACGUCAAAAACAGCGUGUGAGAAGAUCCAACACUCAUCCAGUGAUUACAUCAAAAUAAAACAAAAUAUAAUCGUUGAUGCAUAUGCGAAGAUUGAGCAGAUGCAGUGCUCGUGUUCUUCGGGAUGCUGUGGCGAACGCGAUGAAUGCUUGAACCGAGUGGUACUGAUGGAAUGCGACAACAGUUGUCCGCGAAACUCACAUUGCACCAACAAGCGAAUGUCUCGACGCGAAUGUGUGGAUGGGUUGAAAGCAUUCGAAACAACCAACGGAUGUGGUCUGGGCGUCAAAACUGUUGUGGACAUCAAUCCUGGACAGUUUGUCUGUGAAUAUGUGGGUGAGGUUGUCUCACUGGAAACAUUCAAUUCGCGCAGCCGGGACGCCGACUAUCGCUCUCAGAGGAACCAUUAUGCGCUGAAUCUGUGCCCGGGUUUUGUUGUUGAUGCCUACCGUAAAGGAAACAUUGCACGCUUCAUUAAUCAUUCAUGUGCUCCAAACUGUGAAAUGCAACGAUGGUCGGUGAAUGGCCAGUACCGUAUUGGUUUAUUCGCAUUACGUGCAAUCAAAGGAGGCGAGGAGUUAACGUACGAUUAUAACUGGGAUGCAUUUGAGUUUGACGAUGUUACGAUUUGUCGUUGUGGCGCGCCAAAUUGCCGUCGAUUCCUUAACAAAAAUGUGGUAAUGAGCAGCCGAGAGAAAGAAAUUGCGCGUGAUGCGCGGUUACUGCUACUGCGAAAUGUUCGAAAGUCAGCAGCACUCAAACUGGAGAAGUUCACACAAGGAUCUCGAUCGCGAUCCCGGGCAUCGAAUUCUGUAACACCGAAGUUCGUAACAGAUAAAGAUGCCUUAUUCCAAGAAAUUCUAUCGAAAUUUGAGGAUUCAAAAGUAGCAUCAAAGAAACUUCUCAAAAUGCUCGCCGAUCAUGUCACCGAACUUCGUCAGCAGACUUCUCCAGCACCAGGGAUUUCGGAAAUAAUAGAUUCGAUCGAGGUGAAAGUGAAUACGCUACUUGCCAAAUCUACGAGACCUCUUGACAAGAGGAAAUUGGAUGUGUGGCGCACCAGCUUUGGAUUCAUCAAAACAAGCUGUUUGGGGCAGAGCAGUGCACAGGGACGGCUGGAGCAGCAUACUCCAAAGAGAGGCAAGACCGGCCCACAUCGAAUGCUGGCAGCCGAGAUCGACUAUAAAUACCUCGACUCGAAUAUCCCGGUUGGUUCCUAUGAUCAAGACCGACUACCGCACAUCAAAGCACCGUCAAAUACGGACUGUGUUCGUUGCAUCUGUGGCACCACAGAUGAUGAUGGGACGAUGAUACAGUGCGAAAACUGCAAUUUUUGGCUGCACGAGGAAUGUGUAUUUGAUGUAAAACGCACUGGUGAAGUCAAGAACUUCGUAUGUACAAUGUGCGCUGAAAAUGCUAGCCGAACGCCACCAGUAUCGGUACCUUUACGUGUACAACCGGAUUAUAAUUUCAAAAACUGUACUUAUUAUCGGACGCUGGUCAACUCGCGUAAUUUGCAAGUUCGCCUCAGCGAAACUGUCUAUGUGCAGAAACUGGAGAAUGAUAAUCACAAACUGAUCUUGCGAAGAUUGGAGGAAUGCACGAAAAAGAAUUCACAGCCGGCUGUAUUGCCCAUGAAACGAGUACUGGAUGAAACUGAGAAGCAAUUCCGCCCCGGAUCAUUUCAUCGGAAAAAUGUUCGCUGCUUGCGAAUCGAACGAUUAUUCUCGUUUGAAGGGCAUAAUUUCGUUUUUGGUUUUUAUUAUGCUCGACCUCAUGAAGUUUAUUGCGAGCCGGGCAAACUAUUCCACGAGAAAGAACUUUUUGCAACAAAUAUGUAUGAUACGCUACCACUGGACGCUGUUGUUGGACGUUGUUUAGCACUGGAGCCAAGC